UCUGCUUCACCUGCUCAAGGGUCUCUUGCUGCAGCGACAGGAGUAGGAGGCAGGACCUCAAUUCAGCAGCCAAAGCUAAGGAUUAUUUUAAGAAAAUGACAGACAAACCAAACAUGGAAGAAAUCACCAGCUUCGAUAAGGCCAAGCUGAAGAAGACGGAGGCACAGAAGGACACCCUGCCGACCAAAUAGACCAUUGAUUAGAAGUGAAGUGAAAUUUCUUAAGAACCUGGGAGAUUCCCCACCCCUGAUAUCUUUG